UAGGCAUUGCAGAGUUAACAGACCAUUUUAAACCGAAAGUGGUGGUUUCGGUGGAAAACAGCUGUUUUCCCUGCACGGUGAGAGGCUGAGGCAGGAGGGUCGCAAACUGGAACCAUACCUGGGCUAUUUAGCGACUUAAUCAGACGCUGUCUCAAAAAUAAAAAGUGAAAAGGGGCUGGAGUCGUGGCUCCGUGCUAAGGUCGGAGGUGCCAAGACAUAGACACACGCACACACAGAAUAUUCUAUUUCCGCACAGGGCCUGGCAGUGGAGGCUGCGGGAUCGAGCCCCGAGCCCCGGGCCCCGAGAGCUCGCGUCCCGCCCCGCCUCCCACACGGCGGCGGCCAUGGCGGCCGGGCGGAUCCGGGCGCUGGCGGGCGCCGCGCUCCACGGGCGCGCUCCCUCCGCCCAGCUGCCACGUCCUCUCCGCGUCGCCAUGGGGUCCCGACAGCAGCAGGGCUUAACCCUCGGCGGGGCCUCCGAGGGAGGGCGCGGCGGCUCCACGCCUGGGCCGCAGGACGCGCCCCAGAGCCUGGGGAGACGCCCGGCGAGCGAGGGGUUAACGGCGGCGGAGCGGCGCAUCUUGGAGCUGCACGAGACGGCCUGCGCGGUGAGACUUCCUAGGGCCCCGGCCACCACGGCCGCUCGCUGUGCGCCUGCGCGGCCGGCCAGUUCAACUAUGUGGACCCAGCUACUGGUUUCAUGGUCCUCACCAGGCUGGCCCACUUGAAGAGGG